AUGGAUGCCAUAGACCCCAUAGAACAGCGCGAGUUUGACAUUGCCCAUUUCUUCUUCUACGCGGGCGUCACCCGCCAGACGUGCGACGACUGGCUAAGGGGAUUCAAAGGAGGCACCUUCACGCCCAUCCCGGAGCAAGGCAACAGUAGCUACUCGGUGUACGCCGGGCAGGACCAGGAGUACAUUGUCCAGUUUCGACUCAAGUCUAUCCCCCUGGACGUCGAUGCCAUCAACUUGGCGCAGAAAGUAUAUGGAUCCAAGGUACCCACUGUUGUGCUCGAGGCCCAGCUGGGCGACGACGACGGCGGCGAGAAGCCUCCAGUGCUGGUUUAUUCGAUAGAUCGCGUACAUGGAACUCCUUAUUCGUCGUUCCUGUGUUUCUUCGCCAUGUCAUGGAACUCUCCUAGACAACUGAGUUUAGUAAAGCGUGCCAUGUCAAGAAAUCUGCAGACUAGCAUUUUAGAGGGUUUAUUCUACCUACCAGAAGAGUUCCACCCCAUCAUCAACGCGUGUAUCAAUCAGAUAGACGUAGUAAUGCGCUUGCCAAUGGUGGUAUAUCACACCGAUCUAUCCAAAGAGUCAUUUGCGGUAGACAACGAAUGCCAACUAGUCGGCAUUAUGAGCUGGUCGAAGCUUGCAAUCGGCCCGUUUGGACUCAACCUAUACAUCCUCGAACAAAUCUACGGAGACUUCAGUCUGAAAUAUGGGCGGGCUAAUUUCUACGACCACGAAGAUCUGCAAUGCUUAUUCUGGUAUACGUUUGAGAGGUCCGUGGGCGGCUUGACGGACGAUGAGUUUCGCUCCAUCAAAAUGGCAAUGAUUAUGGGGUUUCUGCAGCGCUGGGGACUUGCUUGGAAGAUUGCCACUUACCCGGGUCCGGAGCCUGCUUCGACUGUUGACGAGAUGUCGCAGUUUAGCAUGUCGAUACUGAGGUCCUAUCUCAUAGACGAGAAAACUAGAUUUGAAGGUAUAAAAGAGUUAUUGGAAGGGGACAUGGUUCCUACAGGAUAA